GCGGGUGUGAUGGUCCGCUUGAAUGAUUCAGCCAAUAUUGAGGAGGUCCUGUCGCAGAAAGGGGCGAAUUGUUCGUUUGAUGCGGCAGGUGACGAAUUUAUCCUCUCUGCGGAUCUGCAAUGCUUCGAUGGAAUGGAGGUUGAGGUACCGAAUGAGUUACCUGUUAAUUCGGAAGUCGGGCCAUCAUCGAAGAAUACGUCGACACCGAUCAGACCGGCGGGUACGGUGGAGGAAGGAUUUUCGCACGGGAAGGAGAAGGCUAAGGGGAAGCAGAGUUCAAAGGAUUCGUCUGGGGAUAAGGAGGUGACCAGGGAAGGGAGUGCGGACUCGACGGAGUCGGUGCUUAGAAUCUCUCUACCGUUGGAGGAACCGACGGAACCGGUACCGCCACCGAUAAGAUUAUAUGCGAAAAAGGAGGGAGGAAGGAAUAUCUCUGGAAGCAGUCAUAACAGAUCGAAGGGUGACAGAAGUUCUAGGAGAUAGGGUGGAAAUAUUCCUUCUCGUAGGACAAGGAAACGGAUCAGCGGGGUUGAGGAACCUUGUAUUAACAAAGGAACGGGAUAACCAGGUGAAGGAUCAAGGAAGGGACCGGAGUUAUCGACCCAGAGGGAUCGGAGUACGCUCUAACAUAUGGAUUCGUUAUGUUUGCGC